CUGAUAGACGGCACUGACUGGCAUCACUGCUGGGCACUGACUGGCGGCACUGACUGGCACAACCCCUGGGCACUGACUGGUGGCACUGACUGGCAGCACUGCUGGGCUGCACUGGUGGGUGGCACUGGUGGGCAGCACUGGUGGGUGGGCACAGGUGGGUGGCACUGGUGGGCACAGGUGGGCGGAACUUGCGGGUGGCACUGCUGGGCACCGAUCAUCAGGGCACUGAUGAUCAGUGCCCUGAUGAUCGGUGCCGAUCCCCGCUCUGACAACUGCCGGUUCUCGGCAGUACUUUCCUCACGAUCUGACAGCGUGAGGAAAGUGCAGCCGAGAACCGGCACUUGC